CCACUAAUUCAUCUGUUGCAGCCCCACCUUGUAUCUUUUUUCUCUAUCCAAACACCACCUAGUCCACGCCAUCUCUUCUUCCAAGUUCUAACGGAAUAUAUAUGCAACCUAUUUCAUUCACUCUAUAAAUCCCACCUAAAUUUAAAGACUCCUUAAACAAAGUACUACUCAAUAUAUUCCUCUCAUCGGUUACACCAAAAGAAAAGUAGUAAAAUGUUACUUAUAUAUAUAGAUUCCUUCUUACUCUCUCUCUCUCUCUAGCUAUUUCACUCUCUCUCAAAUAAACCUAGCUAGCUAAGAUCCAACUUUGAAGAUCCUCCUUUUUAAUCAUUUCUCUAUCCAAAUUCACUGUUAAAAACACAAACAGCCCAUAUCUCUCGUGUCCAAAGAUAUACCUUAAUAGAGUAUACUCACUAAGCUAGCUCACACACGAAGGUUAAUCUUUUUUCAUGUGGGUCUUUGCAGGUUAAAUGGAUACUUUGUUUAGACUAGUCAGUCUUCAAUCUGAUAACUCCUUCAACUCCACCAGCAGAACUUCAAGCAGCUCUAGAUCUUCUAGGCAAAACCACCACCACCACCACCCAGAGGAGGAGGAAGAAGAAUGCUUCAACUUUUUCAUGGAUGAUGAAGAUUUCUCUUCUUCUUCUAAGCACUACUAUCCCUACCACCAGCAACACCAAUCUUCAAACACCCCCACCCCGACAACAACCACUACCACUACCAAUACGAGCUCUCAUACCCAUCAUGCUCCCGAAUUCUCCUUCUCCCCUGCACGUGACCUCAACCUCGAAUUCGCCUCCUCCCCCACUUGGGCCUCCGAUAUCCUCCUCGAGACCGCACGUGCCAUGGCCGAGAAGAACAGCGCGCGUGUCCAGCAGCUCAUGUGGAUGCUCAAUGAGCUCGGUUCACCCUACGGCGACACCGAUCAGAAGCUCGCCGCCUACUUCCUCCAGGCCUUGUUCAGCCGCAUGAUGGACUCCGGAGAGAGGUGUUACCGGACUCUGUCGUCAGCAUCCGAGAAAACGUGCUCUUUCGAGUCAACUCGGAAAAUGGUAUUGAAAUUCCAAGAAGUGAGUCCUUGGACUACAUUUGGUCAUGUUGCUUGCAAUGGCGCAAUUAUGGAGGCUUUUGAAGGAGAGAGUAAGUUGCACAUAAUUGAUAUAAGCAACACAUAUUGCACACAGUGGCCUACUUUAUUGGAAGCUCUAGCUACCCGAACCGACGAGACACCACACCUCCGUCUCACCACCGUGAUGACGGGUGGCGCCACCGCAGGGGUGGCGGCAGUGCAAAAGGUGAUGAGAGAGAUUGGAAAUAGAAUGGAGAAGUUUGCUAGACUAAUGGGUGUGCCAUUUAAAUUCAACGUGGUACAUCAUGUAGGAGAUCUUUCGGACUUGAACUUAGCUGAAUUGGACGUCAAAGACGACGAAGCACUCGCCGUGAAUUGCAUCGGAGCGUUACAUUCAGUGUCUGCAGUGGGUAACAACCGGGAUGUCGCGAUAUCGCUGUUUCGGAGAUUGCAGCCGCGGAUUGUGACUGUGGUGGAGGAAGAGGCUGAUCUUGACGUGGGUGUUGAUGGUUUUGAGUUUGUUAAGGGGUUCCAAGAAUGUUUGAGAUGGUUUAGGGUUUACUUUGAUUCAUUGGAGGAGAGCUUCCCGAAGACGAACAACGAGCGUUUGAUGCUUGAAAGGGCAGCCGGGCGUGCGGUGGUGGACUUGGUGGCUUGUCCGCCUCAAGAAUCUAUUGAGCGGCGUGAGACCGCGGCACGGUGGUCAAGGCGGCUGCAUGGUGGUGGUUUUAGCUCAAUUGCUUUUAGUGAUGAGGUGUGUGAUGAUGUACGCGCGCUUCUGAGGAGGUACAAGGAGGGUUGGGCAAUGACACAGUGCCCAGACGCCACCGGAGUAUUCCUAACGUGGAAGGAUCAGCCGGUGGUGUGGACUAGCGCGUGGAGGCCAUGAUAAUGAUGGUGGGUGGCACGUGUGGAGUACUUUUGGCACGUGAAUGGGGGAGGGGUAUUUAUGGGUUUUAGUUGAAGGAAAAGAGAGAUCAAAAAGUAAGAAGCAAGCCAAGUAUUUGCUUUUAAUUGAAUAGGGAGUUAAGUAAUGUAUUUUCAUUACUCUUUUGUUACAAUUUGUGAUUAUUCUUGUCACUAUUAUGAAAAAGGAAUUAAUUUUGGUUUUCAA